AGUGGCGCCGCGGUUGAAAGCAUAUAUGCUUUAAAAUGCGUUACGGUUUCACUGAGAUAUGAUUAAUAGACUUUAAAAACUUUAUCGAUGUUUUAAAUGCGGGUUUUUACGUUCAGUUAUGGAAUUAUCGUCGAUCAUUAAAAAACUCGCUCAUCCUCUGGUGGAGAUCCGGGUGCGCUCCCUCAAAAACAUCAUCUCCAAACUUCAUCUGGGCCUCAUCACGCCGUCCGACCUGGUCCAGGAGCGACGCCUCUUCAUCAACCUUCUGCACUGGUUCAACUUUCCUGAAGUGCCGCUGCAGGAGGACGUGCUGCAGCUAAUCAGCACGCUCGCCACGCAUCCGACAGGAGCUCAUACGUUCAGAGAGGUGGGAGCAGUGGAGUUUCUAACGCAGCUCUCAUCCAACAUCAGCCUCGACCUCCAGGCCACCGCGCAGACCGUCCUGGAUCAACUGUUCCACCUCCACGUCCCUCCUCCGACCGCCUCCUCUCCGCCGGAGGAGGACGUGUCACUCCGAGGAUACUUCCAAACACGCGCGCCGUGCCAAACAGAUGCCGCGCCCCUCCCAGUGCCAGUGAACACCUCCGUUCGAUGUUUGACCUUUCCUCAUUUCCCCUGGCUGUCACUGACCGUGACCGACCGUCACAUAUUAUCAUCAAACGAAAGCUCUUUAAGGAGUGACGAUCCUGAUCUGGUGAGGACGACCUGCGACCUCCUGCGAGACGUCAUCAUGCAGGACUUCCCGGCCGAGAUCUUCCUCCAGCGCCCGCGUAUAGUGCAGAACCUCCUGCAGCUCGUCAGCGUGGGAGCAGAAAGUGAAUCCAGCUCGCCGCUCCUCCCGGCUCUGGCGUGCCUUCAGCAGCUCUGCCGAAACCUGAAGAGUCGCCUACGUUUCCACAGAGACCCCGGCUUCUGCUCUGCCAAGCAUGAUCCGGUCUCUCAGAACUCCUCGACAUCACACCAUCAGGAUGUGAGGGGAACCCAGAGGUCAGGGGUCAUGACUCCAGAAGAUCUGUCCCCUCGUCCGUCUGUCCUGGGGCGUCCUGGCCUGAGGGCCCGAGGGGACGGACAGGACGGGGACGCCGCCUCCACCAGCACUAGCAGCAGCAGCUCUCAGAGAGGAUUCUCUCCCGCGCUCAACCCGGAGCCCGAGGCCGAGGAUCCGCCCGAGCUGCGGGCGCAGCGGUGGAACGCGGCCAGAUUCGGCGUGGAGACUCUACAGCACACGCUGGCUCUCCUCGGGACAGGGAAGCUGAAGAUCUUCCAGAAGGUCCUGGAGCUGCUGUCAGACGUCCUCACGGUGCUGAGGGUCAUCGUGAACCCACACGAGCUCUGGGACGAGUGCAGCGUCAGUGCUAAUCAGCUGAGAGAGAAGCUAAAAGUGUGUAUGGAGAAGCUGGGAGACAUCAUGAGCCAUCACGGUAACACGGCCUCCUCCGAACAGCCCGAAACGGCUCCCAUUCACCACCGCAUGGCGUACGCGGGCACGGCCGUUCUCACCGUCCGCCUCCUGCAGACGCUCCUACCUGUGGAGAAGGCGAGCGAGAACCUUCCUGACAGCACGGCCGCGGCCGUCUUCCACCUCACGCUGGAUUUCCCCUUCGGUCUCCUGUCCCCCAUCGUUCACGAAUCGGCGGUGGCUUACCUGGAGCAGUCCAGCCCCGAAAACUACAGCCUGUACCGCCGAGUUCAGAGGGCCGCAAACACCAUGGAGGCCGCGUGCUCCUUUCUAAAGGAGGCUCAGGCUGAGGGUGAGAAAAAUUGGCUGGAGCUGCUGGAACUCGCCAGCCAAGCGACUGAUGGAUUUCCCUACCAUCAACACCUCCCACUCAUCAAGCACCUCAUCCACAUCUGCUCCUACCUAGGAAGAUCUGCUCAGGCGAGCCCGCUGCUUCAGACGGAGAGUCAGAAGAUUCUUCUGAAGCUUCUCUCACAUCCUCUACUGCCGGUGAAGACGGAGACGUACACGCAGACUCUGAACGUCGUGAAGGAGUGUUUGGGGGUUCAGAACGUUUCCAGACCAGCCUCGUCCGUCUGCAGCGGCGUCCAUUUCCUCUUCCAUCCUCGCGUCCUGUACGAAAUCAGCGCCUUCGGACUCCACGAUCGAGCGAAGGAGGUGAACUCGGCCGCCAGAGAUGUGCUGCUGUACCUGCUGAAGGGACGACUGAUGAUGGCGACUUCAAGCUGGAGUAGAUUUAAUGAGGCACUUUACCCGGUCAUCCCCGUGCUGCAGAGUCACGCAGGGACGGACGACGCCCUGGGAAACAGCGUCCUGCUCAUAAGUGCACUUUCGGAUGAGGCCGGAGACUCGGCUCGCCCCUCGACGACCCGGAUGCGUGCCGCCGUCAGACUGCUCUUCAGCAAACACCAGGCGGUGAGGAGCGCAGCCGUCCAGCACCUGUUACCCCACCUGAGCGGCGCGGAGGACGUCGGAACGUCUCGACCCGCUUUAGACGGCUCCGCCCUGUCACGGCUCCCCUCCCUGUACAUCACUCAGAGACACGUGGACGUCAGACUGGACCACUCCAACAAGUCCUACCUCAAGGUGGAGAGUGUGAAUAGACUGUACGGUAUCUUCACCUCGGAGACGGUGGAUCUGGUCCUGCGUAAAUCUGCCGCCGAGCAGCUGGUGGUGGUUCUGCAGGAUGCUGGCAUGCACGCCGCGCUGAAGUCUCAGGGUCUGACGGACAAACUGAUCUCUGUCAUCACGGAGAGCGUGAAGGUCCACGCACUGAACAUGGAGUGUUUGUCGGAGGCGAGUGUUUCCAUGCUGAGGAAGCUGGUGUUCGCCGAUCCGUCUCUCCGCCACACACUCGCUCAGCAACCAGCUCUCAUCAUCACUCUGCUUCAAGUGUCGUUGCUGAUGAAGGUUAAUCAGCGUGACGUGACCGAAGCUGCAGCGCUGAUGUGCUUCCUACUCUUCGAUGAAGUCGCUACAGCCGGCGUGUGGUGUAAUAAAGGUGACACAGACGCGGCGUUCUCUCCGUUCUCCCUGCCCGUCUGCAUCAUCACGAGGUACGACCUCCCGUUCCGCGCCGACUCUCACCACGCGGCCAGUCCCAACUGCACCGUCCUUCCUCCCUACGCUGACCUGCUGGAAGUGAGAGCGGUCAGAGAGGCUCUGAGCUUCAGCUGGAACCGAGCCUGGCACUGCGGCACCGACGCGCUGCUGGCACGGGCGAAAGACGCCCCGGAUCCCGCUCGCACCCCCGAGUUCCACGCCGAGCUGGCGAUGUCGCCGUCCCAGGCGGCGUGGGUGCGAGCGUGCGACGCGAGGACAGGCCUGCAGGAGUGCGUCGACGCCCUUCGUUCGGCCUCCUCUCACGCCGAGGUGGCCGAAGCUCUGCGCAGGAUCCAGCUCUACCUUCUGACCGAUGAGCUGGCUGUCGGGCGCGGCACACACUCCUGUAAGAGCGCGCUGCAGAGGAUCCACUGGCAUGCAGCUGUAGAGAGGUUCCUUCGGGUGAGACCCGCCUGCUCAGAGGAUGAGAAGCUGCUGGCCGAGGUCGUGUCCUUCCUGAACGUUUACUUCAGGGUCAGUCAGACACAAUCCGACCACGCAGAUCUGAGAUGGUUGUUAGAACUGCUCCUCAAACAGGACUCGCGUGUGGUGCUGGACCUGCUGCUGGAGGUGCAGACACACACACACCCUCAGAAACACGCUGAGAUACAGGAGUGUGCUCUUCAACUCCAGAGAGAACUGAGCACGCUGUUCAACACACUGCUGCUCCGUCUCACACACUGCACCGACAGGUCCUGCUCUCUCCUGUCCGGGCCGUUAGCGUCGGAGUUAGCGCUGAGGUUACUGCAGUGUCUGCGUCUCUCGGACGCGCCCCGCUUCUACGGCCUGCCCUCCCUGGAGCGGUCCCUCCACAGCAUGACCCACGCCACCGCCCUGCCCGGCUGGAGCACACACACACCCAGCACGGAGCCACACACACUCUGCUCGAAAUACCUCAGCGGCUUGUUGGAGGUGAUUUCAUCGUUUUACGUUGAGUGGGGAGGGAACGGCAUGUCGUUCAUGGGGAAGGGCGUGACCAAGAACGCAGUGAUCUGCCUGCUGCAUCUUUCCCACGAGAUGAUGGCUGAGAGCAAAGAGAAGGACUGGAUGUCUCUCUGGUCUCUGGGAUCCGAGCAGAGUGCCGAUGAUUCGGGUCCGGCUCAGUUUGGCCUCGCCUGGUUAAUCCCACUGUGGGUGGAUCGUGACCCCGAGGUGCGCUGUGCCAGCUUGGCGCUGGGUGCUGCUCUCUCGUCGUUGGAGAGCGGCUGCGUGAUGCUGUCCAACAGCUGCCAGAACAUCUCGGGUGGUUUGUGGGCGACGCUGCUCAACAUCCUGCUGGAGAGACAGGAGAGCAGCAUGGUGCGCAAAGAGGCGGCGUUUAUUUUACAAAACUUGCUGGUGAUGCCGAUGCCCGCCAGCACCGAGGAGGCCAAACACUCAUCCUGGCAGAGUCCCUGUGUACAUGAUGAAGGAUCGGGCGUGUCACUGGUUGGGCUUCCAGCUUUGCAGGCUCUCCUCUAUCACUGCCAUUUUUUUGAUCACGUGGGUCAGAUGAUGAGAAGCUGCUACACAGGCCGUUACACUCCAGCCCAACCUCUGCCCACCAACAGCUCUACUGAUGUGGAUGAAUGUCUGAGGCGGUGGGGAGGAGGUACAGCUGUGCGGGAUCACACUCAGGGGUCAGCGUCCAUCUCCACCUCCAGCACCCUGCUCCCCAGCGACACUCAUUCUCCAGUUCUGUCUGUGACUGCACAAGAGCCUCCGUUCACCAGGCUCACUGCACAAGGUCAGAGUGAUUCGGACUCGUCCCUCUCCUCUCUCACCCCGGAGUGCUCAGACGGAGUGAGGUGUGGUUCCGUAGUGACGCCCGACCUGCUCUCAGCCGUCUGUGGAUUAUUAACAAACCUGCUGUGUGUUUUACCUGAGUUCACCCACACUGCUGUACAGGAGAAGCACAUCCUACACACACUCGUCAGUGUGUUGGAUGCAGCAGAGAUUGAGAGACGUCUGACUGACUUAAACACACCCGAUGUUCUUCUUGCUGAUGUAGAGGAACUCAGGAACCAGGUGCUGAGCCGGGUGUGUUUUGUGAGGAGUGUGUGUAAGCUGAUACAGAGUGAUGUGAUCCACAGUCAGGAGUUUAUCUCUCACUCAGAGUCACUUCAACGUCUGCUGAGGAACCUCAUCUCCAUCCUCACACUACCUCACACACACACAGAUGUGUGUACCCAGAAUGCUUUGCUCCACACCUGGACAGAUGUGUUCUCGCUCUUGGUGACUCUGGUACGCAGGAACUACACCGGGUGUGGUCCGUCCGUGUGUAGAACUGUGGCAAAACGCUGGCAGAGCUUCUCAGAUACGGUCAGCGUGUGUAUCGAGCGCAGCGGUUCCGAUGCGUCCCUCUACACGUCCUGCAUGAACUUCCUGUGUGUGCUCUUCUCAGAGGAGACGAAGGAACGAGGAACGAGCGCCGAGAGCUCCACGUCUCCUCUAGGUGUCGCUCUGGCAUCAGAACCGGGAGAGAAGCUCUGUGAGCUGCUGCUGCAGCAACACGAGAAGACGGCGUUUCAGGACCCGCUGAAGAAGAUCACCGUCAGAGUCCUGAUGUCUCUGCUCUCCUGCAGCUCCAGAGCUCAGACCUACGCCUGCAAAGCGGGUUUGAUCGACGCCUGUGUGGAGCAGAUGAAGCAGGUCCACUCCCAGCUUCACCUGGAAUCGGUCAGACCGAGCAGGACCUCCCACAGGAAGAAGGAGGAGAACAGUAUGAAGGAGCUCAGGAUGCUGAUGGAGAUUUUGAGGAACUGUUUGUACCUCCACACAGAGUGUAAAGAAGUAGCAGCAGAUUUAAAGCUCUCCUCUGUGGUGCUAUCGCUCUGGCCGUGGCUCCUACUGAACGACCCGGUCCUGAUUACUGCUCUCGAUCUCCUCUGUGUUUACACCUCCAACUGCGCCGCAGCGUGCAGCUCGGUAUGUGGCAGCUCAGCUCACGCUGCAUUACCCAGGAUGCCCGUCACCAACUCUCUCAUGCAUCUGGUGAUGAAGCUGGCCUCUCAGGUUCCUCCGGAUAACAAGAACGUCCACGCUCUGUCCUUCUCUCUCCUGGCUAACCUGUCUGUCUCCAGAGACUGCAGAGGCGUCCUGCAGAAGAGUAACUUCCUGCAGCACUUCCUGUCCCUCCCCACGCCCCGGGUGAGCAGUAGAAGCAGCUCGGCAGCAGCGACGGCGUCUCAGUGGCUCCAGCUGCUGCUCAACAUCUCGUUCGAGGACGACGGCCAGCAGAGCAUCAUCAAACUGAGAGGAGCUCUGGAGACGCUGGUGGAUCUGGCGAGGGAGAAGCACGGAGAGAAGAACCACGCGGCUCUGCUCGUCCUCCACAACGUCUGCUUCUGCCCCGCCAACAAAGCCCGAGUCCUGGCCUGCGAUGAAGCCGUGGAGCUGCUGGUGGCGUGUUUGGAGAGCUGCUCAUCAGACGUCCGGGCUGUAGGGGCGUCUGCGCUCUGGGCUCUACUGCACAACUUCCAGAAGGCGAAAGCGAAGUUGAAGUGCCCCUCGAUCAGACUGAAAGUGGACGAGGCGUACACGCGGGCCAAGAGAGAUCAGAAACAGAAGAGAGACGAAAACCUGAACGUUUAUUUAUUCAAAUGUCUGGAAAAUCUCAGACAGAUUCUGAACUCCUGAGCACGUCAGCUUCAGUCUCAUCUCAGAACCUCUCACACACACGAGUGUUCAUCUGUACUCUGUCUUUAUAUUUCUGGUGCUGAACUAUGUAUUUUUGUGUGUAUUUAAAUUAAGCCACACAAGUGUUUUAUAAAUCAUGGUAUCUAUAUUUUUAUUCUGAAAUAAACAUGAAUGAUUUACUUUA